AGCUACCACCAGUACAGUGCUAGUGCUACGUGCAGUGGCUGCCCAGCUAGCUAGCUGGCUAGAACAGUGUCCAUUUAGCAAGCAAGAUCGACAUCCUGAAAAGCAAUAUGCAGAAGUGGUUGGUGGAUCUGAAGUUGCCUAACUACAGUAGGCUGUGGGGAACACUUGUCGUGUUGUGUGGACUCUUUGUAUUUGUCUCCUGCAUCCUGUUUGGACUAGUACAUGCUCUCCUCCUUUGCAUCCUAUUUGCAUUAGUGUACUCCAUUGUUUGUUUCAUCUGUUACCAUCCAGACGGGAAGUAUUUGAGAGAUAAAAUUGACGGAUAUUACGAAUCUCUGUUCAUUUGUACCCUCGGCUAUGUUCACAGAACCAGCUCGAAACCACAACAUGAAAUUCCAUUGAAAAGCUCGGAAAAACCGACCGAAAAAGUACAAGCCUCUAAAGCAAUCCACAGAGAAGCUCAGAAGAUUAUUCAACUCAUAAUGCGUGAUUUUAUUCAUUCGUGGUACGGAAAUGUCACAAGCGACUUGGAAUUUCCGGACGAUGUCCAAAAACUGUUAGAGCAUGUUGCUUUGGAAACAAACAUUCGUAUGCAAAAAAUCGAUUUAGAGGAAGUAAUCACUGAAAUUACUACACUCGUCAUUCCGUACUUAGAAACUGUCAACAAGUCUGGUACGCGAAAGUACAAUAACAUUGAAGUCUUUGAUGUAAAUUCUGAAUCGUGUUUAAGAGCUUUUGAAUGUGAUGACGUUGUAUCCCAUCGUGCACUCAACUCUCGUGAGCUGGAGCUAAAGUAUUAUCGACAAGCCCUUGAUGCACUCAUACAAUGUGCCUUCCCUGACAACUAUCAGAACUGUGAUCUGGCUUGCACGUUUGUACGAGAACUGCUCCUUAAGAAUAUUAUCGAGCCUUUGUUUGAUUUGCUUUGCGACCCUGAUUUUCUAAUUUCGUCCAUUCCUCUUAUUCUGAAGAAAGCUUCUCUGGAGAAAGUGCAGAGGGAAUCGGUUGAGAUAAAACAAGAAAACGAAGAAUUGGAAAGAAAAUUGAGUCACGGAAGACUAAUUUUGAAAAUUAAAGGCUCUCCUGUCUCACAACGACGAAGAUUUCAAACCCAGUCUGGACGAUUUUGUGGUAGUGAACACUAUUCCCUAACACCUGCCCCAGAAGUGCCUCGAGGCUCUCCUCCGAUCCCAAGGAAAUUUGACAAGCAAAGAGCUGCAACGUUAGCAAGUUUGCCCAAUAAGAAGAGAUCAACGUGGGCUUUCUCGACUGAGUCCUUUGAAACACCUCUCGCCCAAAGUAUGGCCUCCUAUAAUGCAGGUAGUCCACAACUUGGUGUUGAGCCGGAAGCCUUCACAGCUAGCACUUACGGAAUGCUGAAUGGGAACAGUCCUCCUAAAGAAGGUGCUUCAGUGUCGCAUCGUUCGUCUACUCUAACCCCAAAUUGGAACGAUCGGGCGGAGGCGAAUGAACGGAGGAUCAGUGAGGGAGAUGAUUCUGCCUGGGAUGUGGUCGAGUAUGAGAGAGGACCCAUCUACUUUGAUCGUCAUGUCCGUGUGGUGAGUAGGAGUGGGAGUAGCAGUCAUGUGGCUUACAUCUUCAAGUUCCCUAAGAGGCUUCUCAGUGAGAAAGAGUUGGAGGGACUGGGAAUCAGUGACGGAGACACUCACUUGGAGGGAAUGAAGAGAUACAGUCAGUUUGACAAGUUCCACUCCUCUCUACUCAAAACACCCAUGGCCACUCACCUUAAAGGGAUUUCUCUGCCUAGUAAACUGAGUUUCGCGAAGGUAUUCUCCAAGUUCUCUCUAACCACUGACCCAGACCCUGUGGAGCUACAGGAGAGGAUACAAGGGCUAGAGUCUUACCUUCAAGCUAUCUCUGCCGUAUCGAGCAUUGCUGACAGUCCUCAGUUCCAUGAUUUCUUGAUAAACGGGAUAGAAUCACUGAAACAUUCAAAUAUUGUUAAACCUCAACCCAAAGCUGCCAAGAGAAAGUCUUUCUUGAGCCUGAGAAAAGGACCACAUCUUCCAUCCUUCAAAGAGGCAAAAAAAGCUGAGCGAAUCCCCAAGCGGCCAGUAGAAACAGUCCUGAGUGCCUACCUGGACACAAACCUGCCCCUUCCCUCACACUCUCUACACACACUCCACAGCCUCAAAACCAACGCCUCUCAAUCAAGCGAACCGACACUCGACCCUAAAACUAGCCUCUUCAGAAGUGGUGUGGACACAGAAUCAAUCACUCAGAAUCUAGAGGCUGAAAGCAAUGAGUCACCCACACAAGAUCGUAGAGCUACAAUUGUGAAUGACACAGUAAACGAUUCGCCAUUGCAAAUUCGAAAGGCUACACUCGUAAAUAGAACAAGUGCCAACUCAUCACCCACCCACCAUCGAAGGGCUACCAUGAUAAGUACGGCAAGUACCGAUUCACCACCUAUCAACGGUCGAAUAUCCUCCCUUGGGAACGACUAUGCUGUCAUUGGUACACCCACCAACAGCUCUGUAGCUAGCAGUGGAGCAUCAUCAGAAGCAAGAUAUGUCCCUCUAGCAGACCUAGCAGCCACUCCCAAAGCUCCCGAAUACAUUCACCAUUCGCCACACAAGCACAAGGCAAAGAGGGGCAUUCCUCUACUGGACACCCGAGGUGAUGGUGCUCCUGAUACUGACACGGAUCAAAGCAGCGUUGCAAGCUUCGGUUGGAUAACAAUGGAGGAUGAGGAAUUAGUCACUGUUGGUGGAAGCACAGCCUCUCUGUCCACGGGCAGUUUUGUAAGUGCUUAUGAGCCGGAAAUGGAAGAGCCAAAAAUAGAAGCUGAAUUACAAGUCAAGGAAUCAAUAUCACCUGCGAUUGUGGAUACACAGAUUCAAGAGCCUCCAAAAUUGUCUAAAUUCGAUUUCAUAAAAGCACGCUUGUCCAAUUUGUUGUACUCAUUUAUCUUCUACAUUACUUUAAUCUACCACAUGGUGCUAAAAGGGUCGACCCCAGUGACACGCGAAGUCUCCGCAAGCUUAGCACAAGAACACACACAAAGAAUACCUCUUUCAAAUGCAAUACUUGCUCUAGGCUCUGAAGCAUCACGUAGACACUGCCACGAGUUAUGGGCCUGUCAUGUGAACACACAGCUUGCUCUGCUGGUCCUAGUAGGUGGAGGAAUGGAACGCUACAUGUGGAAGGAAUUUAAAGAAGUGGUGAACUCGAGUGAUAACUGGUCUCGUGCCCUUUACCAUCUCAGACAUACAUUGUGGCCCCGAGGGAAGUUCAUGAGGGGAGCCAGUCAGAGUCCCACGGAGGAGCGGAGGAAGGAGAUGAGGGGAGAAGCUGUGGCUGUCAUUAAGCAGUUCUUACCAAAUUUUCUCCCUGCUAUCAUUGGGUCAUCUGAUUAUGACAAUGCUGUUAACCACGUUCUGGACUGUCUGCAGAACCCCAAAGUCACACGGUACUUCGUGCUGCGUAUUAUUGAUGUGAUGCUAACAAAACUCAUCCCUGAAUUGAAUAACAAAGACUUUCAGAAGCAGCUGGCACAGUUACGGACCUUGAACCCUCCCCCUAGGAACAGAUUUAGUGUUGUUCGUCCCACAUGAGUGGUGGUUAUUUUUCUUGUUUGUCUACAUAUCCACUAAAUGUCGUAUCACUUUUUUUGAAACCAUUCAGGUAUUAUGUAUU